UCUUCUUGUCUCGAUACCUCUCCGCCGCCUCCUUUCCCCCAGACUUGCACCCGGGGCACUUCGAUAGCACGCCGCUCCUCAACCCGGACCCCACACUCAACGCCCUUGUCCAGCUGGGCGCCCUACGACUCGGCUGUGAUCGUUCGUUCCUCUCCUUUAUCGACCGACAGCACCAGUUCGUGGUGGCCGAGAUGACACGGUCAAACUCCCUCAUAGAGAUUUACUCAGACCCAGGCGACGAGGUCUACCUGGGGAUGGCCAAGCUCGAUGUCUGUUAUGGCGUCUGCCCAACCACCAUGAAGGCCUUUAUGGACGAGACAGGGGAAUGGAUCCGAACAGGGCCCAACAUCAUCGCAAACAGGAGCCGAUACAUCGUCAAUGACUUCCGCACUGAGCCAGACUACGUCGACAGGGCCUAUGUGAAGGGCUUCCCGUUCUUCACGUCGUACCUGGAGGUUCCGCUCAUAUCGCCCCUGGGGUAUAUCCUGGGCAGCUACUGCGUCGUGCACAACGACCUGUACGACUUCAACAACGAUAAGACCGUUGGAAUCAUGAACGACAUAGCCGACACCAUCAUGGCACAUCUGGAUCUCAUGCGGAUGAAGCAGGGCCGGAACCGUUCCGAACAGCUCAUCAAGGGACUAACCGAGUUCAUCGGAUCCGAGCCACACCUGCCGCAUUCCGUUCAGUCAAACCUGGGCUACGACCCGGCCGAGGUCUCGCCCACCGUAUGUGGUGUGCCCGGUUCGACCGAUCCCCAGCAGCCGAUUUUUUCUCGCCCUACGGUGGAGCCGGAAUCCCCGACGGCGCGUUACGACGCAGCCGACACAGCGCAGGAGACUCAAGACGUUGCCUCCUCACAUCCUGAACUGCUAGAAGCUCCGGCCAGCAACCAUAUGCUUGACACGGUGCAGAUGACCACAACUGGGGCCUCAUCGGAACCUGAGAACUCAGUUGAGCGGCAAGGAGCUCUGGCAAACAACGACCGGGUGGACACGGCGCAGAUGUCCCCAACUGGGGCAUCUUCCAAAGACUCAGCUGAGCGACCAGAACGUUUGCCCAGCGAUGGUAUGGCCGACACGGCUCGGACGGUUCAAGAUGGGGCCCCCUUGGAACAUAGACACUUAGCUGAGCAGCAAGAAGCGCCGCCGAGUAAAGAUGUGGUUGACACGGUGCAUAUGACUAGGCAGAUGGGGGUUACGGUCCCUCUUGGAAGCGCAGAUCAGGGGAAAGAACCCGCAUCAAGCUAUGAGGCUGUUGAGCCUGAGGGACUGCCGGGGAAUGAUAGGGUGGCUGACAAAGUGGUGGCCAAUACGGUGCGGACUGGAGAUCAGCCUCCACCGGAGAGUUCACCUCCAGACACCCACAGUUCAAUCGGAGUAUCAGCACGCCCGGGACCAAACGGAGCCGAAGCAGCACUGUCUGCUGGUCCGUCCCUACCGAUGUCGAUAUCCUGCACCGUAACAACACUGGCAUCAACAUAUGCAGCAGCUGACCGACAGGGACAUGCUGCAAGCGAUCAAACGGAGCCUGUUGCGAGAGCACCAUUAGUGUGCGACACCACUGACGCUACCCGCCCAGCACUAAACCACGCCCACACGCACACAUCGUCCGAGCAGUCCGCCUUUUCGAGCUUAUUCUCUCACCCUGGCGAUGGCGAGGACAACGAGACGCCUCCCACAACAAUGAGGGGCGGGACAAACUUGACGAAUCACAUGGAACGGGUUGAUUGCGCUACCGCCGAUGGCAUGACGGAUAAAGACGGGCCUGCGAGGAUAGAUGGUGAUGGUGAUGGUGGCGGUGGUGGUCUAGACAUGCCAACUUCAGGCGACACGUCAUCCAACAAUGAUGCGCACGAGUCGGCAAGUGGGUUCCUGGGUUCGGCGCAUAUCAAGGCCGCGUUCUUCCGAGCUGCAUCCACGAUCCAGCGCUGCAUGAACCUUGACGGUUUCAUGUUCCUCGACGCGGUGCCCAGCACUUUCACCGACCGUUCGGAUACUUCGAACCGAGACCGCCAACACCCCGCGAAUGAUGCGGACGAACAUGGCGGAACCAUAUCGGGGCCAUUCUGCACCGCGAUUGUCCGGUGUUUAGGCGGCAGCGGAAGGGGGCAUGCUAUGCGUUCGCCUCAAACUCGGUUUCCCGAAGCCGCCCUUCAGAGAUUUAUUCGCAAGUUCCCACGAGGCCACGUCUUCUCGGCCGACGAAUUCGGACCCAUCGACGAGACCUACGGGAUUGGAAAACGCUUCCCCGGCGGGCGCAAAGGGGAUCGGGACAGCGUCGCCCUGCAGCGGGACGUGGGCGUGCUUUUCCAUGGCCUCCCGGGUGCGAAAUACGCGGUUUUCCUUCCCCUGUGGCACUUCCACCGAGAAUGCUGGUACACUGCCGCCCUCGGUUGGGUUUCGGAUCCCACGCAAGCCGUCGACGAGACCGACCUCAGCCUAGUGUCGGCGUUUGGUACAUCGGUCAUGGCCGAGGUGUCUCGCCUCGAGGCCUUGGCGGCCAGCAAUGCCAAGUCUCACUUUCUUUCCUCCAUCAGCCACGAGCUGCGCAGCCCGUUGCACGGCAUCUUGGCGAGCAGCGAGCUGCUCCGUGGCAGCAUUUCGGAUCCGACCCUCCUCUUCACGCUGGACAUGCUCGAUUCCUGUGGGACGACCCUGCUGGAUACCUUCAACAAUUUACUUGACUACGCUAUGGUCAUUGGCGACGGCAAGAGUGGCGCAAGAGAGCCCCCUGUCGUCACGAAACAGGCUGAUCUUGGGAAGUUGGUAGAAGAUGUUGUCGAGACAGUCCACUUCAGCCACCUGUCCGAGGUCGCCGUCCGGACAUCGCCAGACCAGAAGCGGACGUAUGCUGUGAACCCCUUGUCCGAAGCAGCUACACAGGACGUCCCCCCGGAUCCCGCCGUGCCGCUCAUUACAGUCAACGUCGCGAGGAGCCUCAAUUGGGAAUUGGACAUCGAUGUCGGGGCCUGGAAGCGCAUUGUCAUGAACUUGUUUGGAAAUGCCUUGAAAUACACAAAGUCUGGCCGCAUCGAGGUCUCGCUUCGAGUGGCCACCAAGAACGUCAGCAACAAGGGUCACUUUGACGUCGACCACAUCGUGUUUACAGUGGAAGACACCGGCGUGGGCAUGAGCUCUGACUACAUCAAAUACCGACUCUUCCAGCCCUUCUCCCAGGAGAACACUCAUGCGGCAGGCAUGGGCUUAGGCCUGAGUAUCGUCCAUCAGCUGGUGAACAGCAUUGGUGGGACUAUCAAUGUCAAGAGCUCGGUAGGCGUAGGCACCACUGUCCAAGUUCGGGUCCCGCUGGAGUUCGGAAGAGGCGACAUUUGCCCCAAGAUGGAUACAUGGACAACCUCCACGAAAGUUGAGGGUGGAGAUGGACGCGAACGACAAGGCGUAGAAAGCCAGCCGGACGCACGUCGCCCAUAUGUUGAGCAUUCCCACGAUCUCGCGGGGAAGAAGAUAUGCUUUAUCCCCCCCGCGUUCCAAACGUCCGCGAUGCACUCAGAGUCCGGAGUCAGUGGCGGUCUGAGCAGUCUCCCCCCGCAUGUACAAAAAUGCUCCGAGGCCCUCGAGCGGGCGCUGCGAGCAUCCGCCCAUGACACCCUGGGCAUGACCGUGAUUGUUGGGACGGCGGAAUGCCCCGUUCCUGAAGCUGACAUUUACUUCAGUGAGGGCGGCAGCUUCACUGGAAUUGCGAACAGCCCCGGAAAAUCUGUUGCUGACCGGCUAAUGUCGCAGUUUGUCCGGCCCGUUGUCGUGGUCUGCUCCGGGCCGGGACCUCGUGGAUGCCCAAUGAACCAGAGUCUGAUGGGAGAAGGAGGCUGUGGAAUCCACUUGCAUCACCCUGUCACGCCGACCAAGCUUGUUGCUGCGAUACGCUCCGCCCUCAAGAGCGGCGCCUCUCGCAGGGAGCUUGACGGACCCGCGAUACCGCAGCCAGCAAUCACACGGUUGGCCGAGUCCAAGUCGGAAGCAGCCUCCUCUGCUGUCGGUGUUGGAGAGCCACUGCCGCUGCGUCCAAAACCACCAGAGACAGAGUCAGAGGUACAAACCAGUGCGGUGAGCAGCGACAGGAAGAUCAGCAACCCCCUGUCCGCGAAAUCCCGGGGCCCGACGCAAGAACCUGCUUCCAUUUCUACCAAGGAGAACACCUACCCUGCUACUAGCCCCAUACAACCACCACUACCAUCAGCAGAUGAAGGGCACUACCUGCUCUUGGUUGACGACAACCCAGUCAACAUCAAGCUUCUCUCCACACUGAUCAAGAAACUAAAACAGCCGUUCGAAAUAGCACGCAAUGGCCUUGAGGCGGUGGAGCAGUACAAGGAAUCUCUGUCCACCCGUUCUCACCGGCCGGUCAACAUCGUGUUUAUGGAUAUCACCAUGCCCGUCAUGGACGGCUUUGAGGCCACCCGGCAGAUCCGCCAACUUGAGCUCGAGCAUAUGAUGGCGGCGGGAGAGAAGGCGGUCAAAGAGAAGUGCAAGAUCAUUGCCUUGACGGGGCUGAGCAGCGAAUCAGACCGAAGGGAGGCAACAGCUAGUGGGUGCGAUUUGUUUUGGACUAAGCCUGUCCGGCUGGAUGCAGUGCGGAAAUUGCUGGCUGAGAUGCCGUUCGGGGAGGGUAAGAAGAGAGAGUAAGAAUACCCUGAUGUGUUAUCGAGCUAUUCUUGUUCUAUAGCCCUGAGUCUGGCCUGGGCAUCUUUCCUAUAACGCCGCCUCACAGUGGAGUGUGUAAUUACUUCUCGGCAUGGGAAUGUGUCGACGUGUGGACU